AAAAGGCGCGCGCAACAUGGUUAUGGCGACCUUUACGCACUGCAGGUAACAAGCGUAAAACAUGGCAUAACAGCUUGUAAAGUCUUUGCUCGUUUUCGCAAAAGGAAUAGGGCGAAAUGGCGGCACUUCGGAGGAAAUUUGGAGAGGACUACCAGGUGGUCAACACUACAAACCGCGCGCCCACGUUCUCCGCGCCGGUGAAGAAGAAACGCCAGCGCUUCGUGGAGAAAAACGGACGCUGCAAUGUCCAACACGGAAACCUGGGGGGAGAGACGAGUAGGUACCUCUCGGACCUGUUCACUACUUUGGUUGACUUAAAGUGGCGCUGGAAUCUGCUCAUUUUCAUCCUAACGUACACAAUAGCCUGGCUGGUUAUGGCUUCGAUGUGGUGGAUCAUAGCGUACAUAAGAGGAGACUUGAACCAUGGACGCGAUCCCUCAUACACUCCAUGCGUGGCCAAUGUUUACAACUUCCCCUCAGCUUUUCUCUUCUUUAUCGAGACUGAAGCGACGAUAGGUUACGGACACCGGUACAUCACAGAAAAAUGCCCAGAAGGGAUCAUUUUAUUCUUGUUCCAAUCUUUACUGGGUUCAAUAGUGGACGCUUUUCUCAUCGGCUGUAUGUUUAUUAAAAUGUCCCAACCAAAGAAGCGCGCAGAGACGCUCAUGUUCAGCCAGGACGCGGUGAUUUCCCAGAGAGACGGAAAACUCUGCCUGAUGUUCCGAGUGGGCAACCUGAGGAACAGCCACAUGGUCUCUGCGCAGAUCCGUUGCAAACUCAUCAAGUCUCGGCAGACCCCAGAGGGAGAGUUCCUGCCUCUGGACCAGUGUGAGCUGGAUGUGGGCUUUGGGACCGGAGCAGAUCAGCUCUUCCUGGUGUCUCCCCUCACUAUCUGCCACGAGAUCAACACCAAGAGCCCCUUCUUUGACCUGUCCCAGCGCUCCCUCAUGAACGAGCAGUUUGAGAUUGUGGUCAUCCUCGAGGGCAUCGUAGAGACCACAGGUAUGACCUGCCAGGCACGGACUUCCUAUACUGAAGACGAGGUUCUCUGGGGACACCGCUUCCUCCCGGUGAUGUCUCUGGAGGAGGGCUUUUUCCGGGUCGACUACUCCCAGUUCCACAGCACCUUCGAGGUCCCCACCCCUCCCUACAGCAUGAAAGAGUUCGAAGAGAAGAACUCCCUCCCCUCCCCCGUAUCCACGCCCACUCUUGCCCUCACCAGCGACAGCCACGGGACCAGACGUGACCGAGUAUUUUCCGUGGACUGCAUCAAUGCCGUGGAAGACAAAAACCGUCACGGAGGAGGUAGCGGGAGACUUCCAAGCAAACUCCAACGAAUCAGCUCAUCGGGGAAGGAAGACUUACAAAGAAAAGUGCUGCUACUGAGUUCGCAUAAUUCAGAAAAGGCGUGUAGCACUGGGGACUUGCCUAUGAAACUACAGCGUCUGAGCUCGUCCAAUGUAAAUGACACAGAAAACAGGCUACAGCUAAAGUCGCUAAAAGUGGGAUUCGAACCAAUGACCCAAUCCACGGGAGAUCUCUACCAGCAGAGCCUACAACCCACGCUCUGCCCAUCUCCGGUGCCAAUGCAUAGUCCACUGCUUUCGGGAGGGAGGCCAGAAGAUAAACUGCCACCAAAGCUGCGCAAAAUGGCAGCUGAUCGUUGA